GGUUGUGGAGGAGGAGGAGGAGGAGGAGGAAGAAGACGAGGAAGAAGAGGAAGAGGAAGAGGAAGAGAAAAAGUGUGAGAGAGGGUAAACUGUCUCGUACUUAUUAUCCACUACUAGUAAUAGUAGUAGCUCCGGUAGUAAUAGCGCGUAUACAGGAUUAUCACGAUUAGUUAGAAAAAGAGAAGUGAAAGAAAAUAAAGGAAAGCAAGAAAGACGGAAAGAAAUAAAGAGACGAGUAGAAGUAGAAUUAGAAGGAAAAAUAGAGAUAGAAGGAGUGGAGAAAGGUGAUAGAGAGAAGAGAAGAUAGAAAUAGAAAAAGAAGAAGAAAAAGAAGAAAAAGUGGCGUCGAAGGAGGGAACAGACGACGCGUUGAACGACGCGAUCGUCAAGAUUCCUCCCUCGGGGAAGCGGCAGAAACAAGAAAAGAUUCUGACGAAAGUGGUGUUGCUUAUGCUGAUACUGGUGCUGCUGCUGAUGCUGGCGACGCAGCUCGAAGAAGAGAAAUGAAGUAGGAGGAGGAGGAGGAGGAGGAGGAGGUGAAGAAGAAGAAGAAGAAGAAAGUAGUAUAUGUCUAUGCACGCGGUAGGAUUCAACGAGGAGAAGAGCAAGGACUUUUAAGGGCGUUGAAAGGACGGCUGCUGAUUCUGCUGCCUUAACUGCUACUGCUACUGCUACUGCUGCUGAUUCUGCUGAUUCCACUGUCGCUGCUGGUUUUAAUCGAGGAAAAGGAAAGAAGCUACUGAUAAGGAAUAGCGGCGAAGAAGGUGGUCGAAGUAUUUACGUGAUACUUGGAGAGGAUCAGGAAAAAAAAAGAAAAGAGAUAGUGCCAGAGAUAGAUAGAUAGAUAGAUAGAUAGAUAGAUAAAUAAACAGACAGACAGACAGACAGACAGACAGACAGAAAGAAAGAAAGAAAGGGAGAAAGAGAAAGAGAGAAGGUGAUAGUCUUGGAUAAUCUUAGUAGAUAGAAGGAAAAGAAGGAGGAUAGUAUCCAGCACCAGGUGGCCAACGAUAGUUCUUUUUUUCCCCACCCUUACGUGGGAGAGUAAGAAGAGGGUGCCCCCGAAGGAAAGGAGGGGGAAAGUGGGGGGGGGGCUUGUGUGUCGGAGCUCUGGUGUCGGAGAAAAAUACGGUGGCGGUGGCGACGAGAACGACCGAAGAGAAGGGGUGCGAGAUAGGAGGUAGAAGAAGAAAAAGGGUGCGUGGGGCGCGGUAGUGGAAGAGAGCUCGAGGGGUGAAGAGAGAGGUUCAGAAGAGGGGUUGAAAAGAGAGGGUGAGAAGAGAAGAGGGCUGCGUGGCGUCGUUCUUGCGUCGACGGCGGUCGCCUUGCGCCGGCCGACUCACCACUGCUGCCUGGCCCGCUUUCUGCUGGCCGGCUCUUUUAACGAGUGCUCAAAGAGCGUGGGGGUGGCGUUUGUGAAGGCAACGUGUACCAAGAUGGGCUGCGCAAUGUCCGCGGAAGAGCGGGCCGCUCUGGCCCGCAGCAAGCAAAUUGAGAAGAAUCUCAAGGAGGAUGGUCUUCAAGCUGCCAAGGACAUCAAGCUCCUAUUACUCGGAGCUGGUGAAUCUGGCAAGAGUACCAUCGUCAAACAAAUGAAAAUCAUUCACGAAAGCGGUUUUACGCCGGAGGACUUCAAACAGUACAGACCCGUCGUUUAUAGCAACACGAUACAAUCACUCGUUGCUAUUCUCAGAGCGAUGCCAACACUCGGAUUAAAUUUCUCGACUAACGAGAGAGAGACUGACGCAAAAAUGGUCUUCGAUGUUAUCCAACGAAUGGAGGACACCGAGCCAUUUAGCGAAGAACUUUUAAUGGCCAUGAAGAGGCUCUGGACUGAUAGUGGUGUCCAAGGAUGUUUUGGAAGGAGCAAUGAGUAUCAACUUAACGAUUCUGCGAAAUACUUCCUGGACGACUUGGAUCGAUUAGGUGCAAGGGAGUAUCAACCAACGGAGCAGGACAUAUUGAGGACUCGAGUUAAAACGACUGGUAUCGUCGAAGUCCACUUUUCAUUCAAAAACCUUAAUUUCAAAUUGUUCGACGUGGGUGGACAAAGAAGCGAACGUAAAAAAUGGAUACAUUGCUUCGAGGAUGUUACGGCGAUUAUUUUUUGCGUCGCCAUGUCCGAAUACGAUCAGGUCUUGCACGAGGACGAAACUACGAACCGAAUGCAAGAAAGCUUGAAGUUAUUCGAUUCAAUUUGCAACAACAAGUGGUUCACCGAUACCUCGAUCAUUCUUUUCCUGAACAAGAAGGAUCUGUUCGAAGAAAAGAUUCGCAAGUCUCCCUUGACGAUUUGCUUCCCUGAGUACGCAGGUGCGCAGGAGUACAGUGACGCCGCUGCCUACAUUCAGGCGCAAUUCGAAGCGAAGAACAAGUCUACGACGAAGGAGAUUUACUGCCACAUGACCUGUGCCACCGACACGAAUAACAUUCAAUUUGUGUUCGACGCGGUUACAGAUGUAAUCAUCGCCAAUAAUCUGCGUGGCUGCGGACUCUAUUAGAGUGAGACGACGAAUGAAGAUAAAGAGAGACAAGAAAGAAGAUAAAAAUGAAGACCAAGUAUUUUUCUUGCUCGCUCGACUGUACGACUGUCGGGAUUAUCGAAACGAGUCGACCAAUACAAGAUGAUGAUAUGAAUAAAUAUUAUUUUACAGGUUGCAUGGAUUACAUUUAUGAAAAUGUUUCCUGCAUCGUUUCGUAGAUCGAGAAGUUUCGUAUGUAAAACAGAAGAGUAAAGAGAGAGUUAAAUAAAGAAAGAAAAAAGAAGGAAAGAAGGAAAGAAAGAAAGAAAGAAAGAAAGAAAGAAAGAAAGAAUGAAUGAAAGAAAGAAAGAUAGAAAGAAUGAUAAAGAAUAAUAAUAUAUGUAUUUCGACGAAACUCGACCGCCAUAUAUAUGCAUUUACGUUCGCGCCAACAAACCCAACCGUGUUACCGUCAAAGCACAAGAAAGAAAGAAAAAGAAAUAUGUAAAUCGAGCCUGCAGUUGGGUUUUAUAAAGAGACUUGAAAAAAGAAAGAAAAAGGCUCGACACAGUUUUUCUAUUUUUUCUUUUUUUUUUCUUUUCUUUUCUGUUAAACCUUUUGAUUAAACAAGUUCACGAAGGAAUAAGUCGACUAUAUAUAUAUAAAUAAAUAAAUAUAUAUAUAUAUAUAUAUAAGUACAAUAGAUAUUGUGUAUUUGACGAUAGAAGGAUGAUAAUAUUCUAGGAUUUGCACGUUUAAAACGGAUUUAGCACAAAUUUAAUAAACGUAAUUGAUCGUGCAUUUUAAAAAAUUUUCUCUUCUUUUGUUUCUGUUUUUCUUUUUCUUUUUCGUUUUUUUUUUUUUUUACUUCUUUUUUUUUCAUAUUUUAUUUUAUUAUUUUUCUUUCUUUUCCUUUUGAAUCGUUUGCUCUAUACGCACGAAUGCCAUUUUGUAUUUUCAUUAUUAUCGAUAAGCGAUUAAGAAGACCACAUACGUAAUAUACAUAAACGUCGACUUUAUCCUACCAUCGAUGAUAUUCAACAAAUAAAUAAAUACGUACAUACGUAUGUAUACGUA